CUUCGCUGGUUUCGUUGUCACCGCUGCAAUUUCCAGCAACCAACAAGCAACAACUUGGACGUCAGCCAAUUUCUGGACAGGAUUACAGCUCCUAAACUUUGGUCUACUGAUUGGCUGCGUCAGAAUUGUUGCUCUAACCAGACCUGGGGAAGACGAGGGACAAGAAGUUCUGCGCUUGCGGAUUGGUAGCUUCUUGAAUACAUACUGCGGAGCUUGACCUGUUCAUGCCCUACACAGUCAAUCCCCUUUUCACUACUCACCGGAUAAGUGAAGAGCCCCUUCGUAUCAGUCCUCCGUGGUUCACGUGAGCAUCUGUGAAAGAUGCAAACUCAUGCGAACUGGCAGUCCCUCGAGGGAAUAGCUACCAGUCUGCUUGACGGCAGCCCCAUUGCAAUUGCAGUCACAGUCUUCAUUGCAUUUGGGCUACCUAUUCUGCUGCACCUGAUCUUCUACCGAACAGUUGCUUCUCCACCCUCCAGCAAUUUCCUACUCCUUGGUCCCAGUGGGGCUGGCAAGACCGCUCUCUUAAGCCUGCUUGAGACUAAAUCGUCACGUGUUCCUCCCAAAGACUCUCGGCUCACACAUACCUCGCAAACGUCUACUGUAGCUACCAUCAGCCUUCCCGCCUCCAUUCAGACCGCUUCGAACCGCUAUCGCUCUGUCAAUGACACCUCCCUGAAGGAUAUCUCCAAGAACCCUGUCAAGUACCGCGUAUGGGAUACUCCGGGUCAUGGAAAGCUGCGGGGAUCUCAGGGACUUGCGACGUUGCUGUCAAUGUCAACGUCCAAGGAUGUAAAGUCCAAGUUGCGCGGAGUCCUCUUUAUGGUCGAUACGGCUGCUCUUGUUGAGGCUGAGACUUUGCGAGAUACAGCUUCAUAUCUGUAUGAUGUGCUUUUAGCUCUCCAGAACCGAGCCCUCAAGAAGGGCAAGAAUUCCGCGAAAGCAGCCUCGGAGAUCCCCGUUCUCGUGGUGGCCAACAAGCAAGACCUUUUCACUGCCUUGCCUCCAGGGUCAGUGCGUGAAAAGCUAGAGGCUGAGAUUGACAGAAUCCGGAAGUCCAAGAGCAAAGGUCUCAUGGAUGCUAGCGCCGGCGCUGGAGUUGAUGAGGGCGAAGAUGAUAUCCUGGGAAGUACUGACACUCGGAUCAAGUUCACCUUCCGAGGCCUAGAAGAUGAAAUUGGGUUGACUGUUGACAUUGUCGGCGGCGCAGUCAAGAGUGAUGAGGAGGGCAACCUCGGGGCCGGCGUCAGAAAGUGGGAGGAAUGGAUUGGCCAACGCCUCUGAACUGAAUGUUCGUAUAUUACUUGGGCCAGUGACAGUGCUACUGGCCCUAGAGAUGGGAUGAAACGAUACGAGAUAUAUCUUGAAAAAUUGCAUAACUCCUACACACAAUCCAGACAGUCCAUGUAAGUCCUAUGCGCCGGAACGAUCCCCAUGAGCAGAGACUGGAACCCUUAGUAUCAUGAUAUACCUGAAAUAUAGCCAAAAAGUUCAAUGACCGUAUUAAUUUUGACGGAUACAUCUCGGAGCAGUUGCUAUUAGGUCUCUUGUU